GUUUGCAUAUUUUCCUUGAUAGAUGACUACUUGUCCGAGAAGUGGAAACUUGCAUCAUCAUAAAUGUAAACAUGGCGGAGAAAGCUCAACCGCAGGUCAAAAUAGGACACUAUAUUAUUGGAGAUACCCUAGGAGUGGGAACAUUUGGCAAAGUAAAAAUUGCGACUCAUCAGCUCACAAAUCAUAAAGUAGCUGUGAAGAUUUUAAACAGGCAAAAGAUUAAGGCUCUUGAUGUUGUCGGCAAGAUUCGCAAAGAGAUUCAAAAUCUCAAACUGUUUAGACAUCCACACAUUAUCAAAUUGUACCAAGUUAUCAGUACUCCUACAGAUAUUUUCAUGGUGAUGGAAUAUGUAUCGGGAGGAGAGCUGUUUGACUACAUUGUCAAAAAUGGCAAGUUACAAGAGCAUGAAGCUAGAAGAUUCUUCCAACAAAUAGUAUCUGGAGUGGACUACUGUCACAGACAUAUGGUCGUCCAUAGAGACUUGAAACCUGAAAAUCUACUUCUAGAUCAUAACAGAAAUGUCAAACUUGCUGAUUUUGGUUUAUCUAAUAUGAUGCAUGACGGAGAGUUUUUACGGACUAGUUGUGGGUCACCAAACUAUGCUGCCCCAGAAGUUAUCUCGGGAAAGUUGUACGCUGGUCCGGAGGUGGAUGUGUGGAGCUGUGGUGUCAUACUUUAUGCUUUACUUUGUGGAACGCUUCCCUUUGAUGAUGAGCAUGUCCCCACAUUAUUUAGGAAAAUCAAAUCUGGAAUUUUCAACAUCCCAGAAUAUUUACACAAAGAGGUAGUUUCCCUAUUGUGUCAUAUGUUACAAGUAGAUCCACUGAAGAGAGCUUCUAUGAAAGAUGUCAGAGAACAUGAAUGGUUUAAGAAGGACCUACCAUCAUAUUUGUUCCCCAAACCCCAGGAUCAUGAUGCAUCCAUUGUUGAUAUUGAUGUCGUCAGAGAAGUUUGUGAUAAAUUUGGGGUAUCAGAGUACGAGGUGGAGGCUGCUAUAUUAAAUGGUGACCCGAUGGAUCAGCUAGUGAUAGCUUACAGUCUUAUAAUGGACAACAAAAGGAAUUUAGAAAACACUGCCGCAGUACAUGCAUCCUCUUCUGUCAACAUUCAAGACUUCUACCUGGCUUCAAGUCCACCAAGUGAGUCCUUUAUGCUGUCUGGUCGUCACGCCCAUAUCCUUGGUUCGCCGCCAGGACCAGAGAGCCUUCCUUCUGAGCAGGUCAACCGUCUAUCAGCCGGACAAAGUGCUGGAGCCAGCUCCCUGGCAAGGUCACAACCAGUGGUACGGUUAAGAGCAAACAGCUGCCAGACUGCUAGUCCACUUAAACCACACCCAGAGAGAAUGCCAGAAAUGAAAGAUGUGACACAGACUUUAGAUCCUCUGUUAACAACUGUAAACAAAACACAUACACCAGCAAAGAAAGCCAAAUGGCAUUUAGGAAUAAGAUCUCAGAGUAAACCACAGGAUAUAAUGCAUGAGGUGUUCCGUGCUAUGAAAGCUCUUAGUUUUGAAUGGAAAGUUAUUAACCCCUAUCAUGUGAGAGUGAGGAAACAGAACCCAGUUACUAGUAAAUAUACAAAGAUGAGCUUACAGUUGUAUCAAGUGGAUCAGAAGAGUUUCCUGUUGGAUUUUAAAAGUUUGGUGGAGACUGAUAACCAGGACACAUUUAACCUUCACCCAACAGGGAGCAUGGCCUCACAGGGGAGCAGUGAUAAUGAACAUAAAACAGUGCCACACGAUGCCAAUACAGGACAAAAUAUCCUCCUCAUGCCUGAUGACAAAAUGGAUGUAGAUGAAAACCCUAAGAGUCACCAUACCCUUGAGUUCUUCGAGAUGUGCGCACAAUUAAUUACCACACUGGCUCGAUAAAAGGUUCACAUCGCCAGGUCACCAUGUUACCACGCCCUUUAAUUCUUCGAGAUGUAUUCAAAUUUUUAAGGACACUAACACGAUAAGUUUCAAAAUCGCCAGUACCUGUUUCAGCUGUAAAAACUACGUAGACUUGAUUAUUUUUUAGUAAUCAAAUGUUUCUCAAAGAAAUUGUUGGAAGUUUUGUGCUCAGAACAUAGAAUGCAUAGUAAAAAUUAAGUUAUGGGACUGGUUAGAACCGUUGUAAAUGAUCAGUAUGAAAUAUUACAAUUAUGAUAUCUGAAAAUUGGUUCUGAAGUAGGUUUAAAUACUGGAUUUUAUGUUAUUGUCCUAUUUGUUUUUUAGCUAAUUGUGAAAAUAACAAAAAAGAUACCUGGAUUAAUUUUUGAAGUUUUUUUAUCUAACCCCUUCCGUAUUAAUAAUCGAGAGAUGAAUUGAUAAAUAUGUAUUAAAAGAUGAGAAAAAACAACAAUAACGAUAUUUGUUAAGAUUUUAUAGAAUGUAAUUGUACACAUUCAAGAUUAUUGUAUAGAUUUGUGUAUUAUUUUUUUGUGAUUUGUUUAGAGUAUAUAGUUAAGAUUGUUUUAAAUGUUUUAUAAAAUCAUGUUGAAAUUUUUAGACAUUUACUAAAAAAGAAUCAUUUUCAUUUUAUGUUUAUUUGGCUUAUAUAUACUAGAAUAUUAGAGACACAAAUUGAAGACAUGUUACUGAUCCUAAGUUAAUGUUAUAUUGUUCCUGAAAUAAAUAAUUUGUAUGAAGUAAAUAUAAUAUUGACCAUGAAAUAAAUAUUUUGUAUGAAGAGAAUAUUAUAUUGACCAUGAAAUAAAUAUUUUGUUUGAAGAGAAUUUAAUAUUGGCCAUGAAAUAAAUAUUUUGUUUGAAGUGAAUAUAAUGUUGGCCAUAAAAUGAACAAUUUGCAUGUAGAAAAUUUGAGGUUGGCCUUGAAAUAUAUAAUUUGUAUGAAGUGAAUUUAAUAUUACCCAUGGAAUAAACAAUUUGCAUAAAUUUAAUAUGUAUAUUUUAUUUUAGAAUAUCAACAGAGCAUUAAACAGCUUAUACAAUGCUUUUUGGAGUUUUUUUUUAUGACUACUUGUUCUUAUUGCCCUAUGAAAGACUGAGUUCAUAAGUCCAGCAUUGUCUGUUAUCUACUUAGGCAAAUUGUAUAUUAAAUCAAAGUUUAUUUUGGGAAAUAAUUUUGAUUUUAAUUUCAAUUUUUAAUUUCAAUUCUUUGAUUUUUCUCAUUUCUCAAAGUGUUUAUUUUUCUGUUAUGAUGAUUUUUUAUUUCUAUUAUGUUAUUUCUUUCGAUAACUUGAUAAACAACAUAAUUUUGAGUAUUCUAGAAAAUUAAGAAAGCAUGUUCAUGGAGAUUUAUUUGUUAUGCCUUAAAAUGAUUGUUUAGAAAUUUAAGAAAAGGAUUACUGAUUUUUAUCAAUUUGAUAAUUUUAGAAAUAUAACCUGAUAUGAUAUGUGAUUGUGUUUUAAAUUAGAUUUCAAAAACCCAUUCUGCUUUGUCUCCAUUGUCGUUCAUCAUUGGUCCUGUUACAUUGGUGACAAAAAAAACAACAGAAAAUUUGUUUAUUCUUUUAUCACAUUGUACAUAAUUUUUUUUUCUGAUUUUUUUUUCCAAGGCAAUACUAGUAGUAUUUUGUCGUCUGCAAUUAAACAAAUCUGAUUUUUAUAGGUUUUUUUUUUUGCUUUUAAGUAUAGUCAUUACUGAAGAGAAGUGAAAUUUUUAAAAAAUGUGUAAAUAGGAAAAAAUAGUGUAUAUAUUGUAUAUAAACCAUGAACAUAGAGUGUUUUUUAAGUGAUAUCAAAGUACUGUUAAGUGUGUUUUAAAUGUUCAUGUAUACUAAACAAUGUAUUAAAAUGUCAGAAAUUGGUA